AUGAGCAACAGCUCCAACUGCAGCGAGCCAGACCUCAAGCCCUACUACGCCGUCACCUACACGGUGAUCCUGAUCCCUGGGCUCAUCGGGAACACCCUGGCCUUGUGGGUCUUCUACGGCUACAUGAAAGAGACUAAAAGGGCCGUGAUAUUCAUGAUCAACUUAGCCAUUGCUGACUUAUCACAGGUGCUGUCCUUGCCCCUGAGGAUUUUUUACUACCUGACGGGCACGUGGGAGUUCGGAGGAGGUCUCUGCAUGCUCUGCUUCUACCUGAAGUACGUUAAUAUGUACGCCAGCAUCUACUUCUUGGUGUGCAUCAGCGUGAGGAGGUACCUGUUCCUCAUGCACCCCUUCAAAUUCAGCGACUGCAGGCGGGUCUGCGAUGUCUACAUCAGCAUUGUGGGCUGGGUCGUGGUCUGUGUGGGCUGCCUGCCCUUCCCGCUCCUCAGGAUGCAGCACCAGGAUGAUAAAAACGCCUGUUUUGUGGAUCUUCCCAUCAAGAAACCCGACCUCCCCACCUCCAUCACGCUGAUGACCAUAGGGGAGCUGGUGGGGUUCGUGACGCCCCUGCUCAUCAUCCUGUACUGCUCCUGGAAGACAAUCCUAUCACUAAAAGAGAAGCACUCUGCUUCCCGGGACCUGGGUGAGAAGAAGAAGGCUUUAAAGAUGAUCCUCACCUGCGCCCUGGUGUUCUUGAUUUGCUUUGCACCUUACCACAUCAGCUUCCCGCUGGAUUUCUUCGUGAAAACCAGGCAGAUCCAGGAGGGCUGCGUGCAGAUCUCGGUGUUCCACGCCGUGGCUUUGUGCCUCGCCAGCCUCAACUCCUGCGUGGAUCCCAUCAUCUACUACUUCACCACGGACGAGUUCAGGAGACGCCUCUCCAGGCAGGAUCUGCAGGACAGCAUCCAGCUCCAGCACCUCAGCUACGGCAGGAAGCACUCCAGGGAUGUGCUUGGGGAGGACACCACGGAAUACUAG